AGUCCUUCACAAAAAGAAUCCCAAUUCCCAAAUCGAAUUCGCAACCCUCAAAUUUCCCAAUCCCAAAUUUCACCCUCCUUCUCAAAUCCAAUGGCGCCCAAAGCUGAGAAGAAGCCCGCCGAGAAGAAGCCGGCCGAGAAGGCCCCGGCCGCCGAGAAGGCCCCGGCCGAGAAGAAGCCCAAGGCCGGAAAGAAGCUCCCCAAGGAGGCCGGAGCCGCCGCCGGAGACAAGAAGAAGAAGAGGAACAAGAAGAGCGUAGAGACCUACAAGAUCUACAUCUUCAAGGUCCUCAAGCAGGUCCACCCUGACAUCGGGAUCUCCAGCAAGGCCAUGGGCAUCAUGAACAGCUUCAUCAACGAUAUCUUUGAGAAGCUGGCUCAGGAGUCGUCGAAGCUCGCAAGGUACAACAAGAAGCCGACGAUUACUUCUCGGGAGAUCCAGACUGCUGUCAGGCUUGUGCUUCCCGGGGAAUUGGCCAAGCACGCCGUUUCUGAGGGGACCAAGGCCGUGACUAAGUUCACAAGCUCUUGAAGUGUUGUGGGUUCUAGAUUGGCUUCGCUAUCUACUUAGUUAUCUGUUUAGAUUUAGGGUUUGGAUCAAGUAGUAGAUAUGUAAUCGCUCUAUUUUUCAUGAAAUGAAAGACGGUGGUUUAUAUAACA